AUGGUGCUGGGGAAGGUGAAGAGUUUGACAAUAAGCUUUGACUGUCUUAAUGACAGCAACGUCCCCGUCUAUUCAAGCGGGGACACAGUCUCAGGAAGGGUGAAUUUAGAAGUUACUGGGGAAAUUAGAGUCAAAUCGCUUAAAAUCCAUGCAAGAGGACAUGCAAAAGUACGCUGGACGGAAUCGAGAAACGCUGGAUCCAACACUGCCUACACGCAGAAUUACACCGAAGAAGUAGAAUAUUUCAACCACAAGGAUAUCUUGAUUGGGCACGAAAGAGAUGAUGACAAUUCCGAAGAAGGUCUCCACAUCAUUCAUUCAGGACGGCAUGAAUAUGCAUUCAGCUUUGAGCUUCCACAGACACCACUUGCUACCUCAUUUGAAGGCAGACAUGGCAGUGUGCGUUAUUGGGUGAAAGCAGAAUUGCACAGGCCUUGGCUUCUACCAGUAAAAUUAAAGAAGGAAUUUACAGUCUUUGAACAUAUAGAUAUCAACACUCCUUCAUUACUGUCACCCCAAGCAGGCACAAAAGAAAAGACUCUGUGUUGCUGGUUUUGUACCUCAGGCCCAAUAUCCUUAAGUGCCAAAAUCGAAAGGAAGGGCUACACCCCAGGUGAAUCAAUUCAGAUCUUUGCAGAGAUUGAGAACUGCUCUUCCCGGAUGGUGGUGCCAAAGGCUGCCAUUUAUCAAACACAGGCAUUCUAUGCCAAAGGGAAAAUGAAGGAAGUAAAGCAACUUGUCGCCAACCUGCGAGGGGAGUCCCUGUCAUCAGGGAAGACAGAAACCUGGAAUGGCAAACAGCUGAAAAUUCCACCUGUUUCCCCAUCAAUCCUCGAUUGUAGUAUAAUCCGUGUGGAAUAUUCUCUAAUGGUAUAUGUGGAUAUUCCAGGUGCAAUGGAUUUGUUCCUUAAUUUACCACUGGUCAUUGGUACCAUACCAUUACACCCGUUUGGCAGCAGAACAUCAAGUGUGAGCAGCCAGUGUAGCAUGAAUAUGAAUUGGCUUGGUCUGACACUACCUGAAAGACCUGAAGCACCUCCUAGCUAUGCAGAAGUGGUCACCGAGGAGCAAAGACAGUCCAGCCUAGCACCUGUAGCUGCUUGUGAUGACUUUGAAAGAGCACUUCAAGGGCCGUUGUUCGCCUACAUCCAGGAGUUCCGUUUCUUGCCUCCUCCACUUUAUUCUGAGAUCGACCCAAACCCAGACCAGCCCUCAGAUGACAGGCCCUCCUGCCCUUCCCGUUGAAGGAAUGCCUCAUAAGAAGAAUCGACUUGGGUCUGAAUUGUAUUUUUGCCGUGUUGAGGAAAAGGCAUCCUGUCGGAGACACAUGUUGAAGGGAAGUUCUUGCCUAAAAGAAAAAGGUGAAAUAACAAAACAACCUGUGAUUAUGCUUUCGAAGCCUACGGCAACAUCAUAGGACUGCUCUUCAUGCUUGAAGACCUGAGCUUUCCCUCCCUGUCGUAUCUUGGCACAUACUAAGAGCAGCCUUAAUAGCCUACACUCAUGUGUCAAAAACACCGUGUUGCAAGAGGGAUGACUUCCUCUUUUGAUUUGAAAAUUUGCACAUGCUCGAUGCUUACAUUGUGCGGUUCGGUGUCACUACAGCUUUUUCUCAUUUACGUUGGGACUGUUGUUACCCUCUUCUAACUUGUUUGUGGUCCGCACAACAAGGAGCAAAAAGAAAGCUUUGAAAACUUUAUGAUGACAAAUGCACUGACUUUUUUUAUUAUUCAGAAAACAAACAAUAUAGCCUGAACUUUUCUUGCGUAUGCACAUGCUCCAAACUGUCCCAGUACGACUGAACUGUGUAUCACCUCUUCAGCUUGGAUACUAUUGUGGAUUGAUUACAAACAUCAAAUGCCUUCAAGCCAAUCCUUGCUGUAUGUUUUGCAGCCUACUGUAGUAGAUAAGCAACAGAUAUGUGUGUGUGGGGGGGAAAUAGCAGAAGGAAACUAAUAGGAGUCUUCUUCAAGAUUGUAUACCUUCUUGAUUCCUUUUAAGAAUUUGUUGCCUUUCUACUAUUACCACAAACAAGAAUUUUGUUACAGACUGCCUAAAAUCACUUAAUCUCAGGUGAACUCAUCACUUGCCAAAAUGUUGAAAUGCUAUUUGUGUUUAUGUUGCACUGUUGAGUAUUUUUCCUUCUAUUUUUGUUAUUUUGUUCGUUUUGUUUGGAAAGGGGGGCUUGGAAAAGGG